CGCGCUGUUGACCUGCAGCAAGAGAGGGGCGUGGUUGAUUGUGUCCGUUCGGCGAAGGCUAUGGUUGCUGGUUGUCAAGCAGUGGUUUUCUAACAAAAUCUUUCCUGUAAUUUUAACCCUUAGCCCUUAUUUAUUGAACUAAAAAAGCGGAGUAUCAUACAUAUCGACACAUAAAGAAAUUAUAAGAAGAAUUCAAGAGGGCUUGGAAAAUUCAAAUUUAAUGAAUAUUAAACCAGGAGGCGAAGCCAUGGCUACAGAAGAGACAAACGAAGAAAGCAUGUUCGAUGCCGAUGAGGUCAGCCCUAUAAUAAAAGAAGCAGUGGAAAAGGUUAUUGGAGGCAACAAUUAUGACCAAACAAAGGUCAACACCUGGUCAAACUCUGUAGUUGAGACUUGUCUAGGAACGCUCUGCAAGAGUCAGAAGCCUUUCAAGUAUAUUGUUACAUGUACGGUCAUGCAGAAAAAUGGAGCUGGACUUCACACAGCCAGCUCUUGCUUUUGGGACAACAGCACUGAUGGCAGCUGCACUGUACGCUGGGAAAACAAAUCUAUGUUCGUGAUUGUGUCUGUCUACGGACUUGCCCUGUAAUAUCAUUCAAAAUCUUUGAAAAGAGCUAAAAGUUUAACUUAAAGUAAAUAAUUAUCUACUAUUUUAAAACGUGGGAAACUUUUUUUUGUCGGUUAUCUUAAUUUCAAAUGUACAAUUAUUUGUAUCACAAUAGAUUUGCAGUUUGUUCAUUGAAUUGCAGAUUAAAUUGUCAGCUAACUUAUUAAAAAAAUAUUAACUCUCCAGAGUGUAACGUCCUUACUCUAAUUUGUAUAAUUAUAAUCAAUUGUUUCUAAAAAUUAUUCAAUAAAAAAUGUUGCAAAAAGAAAUUACCCAAAUAAUUUUUAAG